UACAGUUUGUUACAUAACCCAUCACAAUGGAUAUAACUCCAUUAUUUAAGGCGUGUAUUAAAACUGUAAAAACAAGAAAUAAAGCUUUCGGCAUACAGAGUCCAACUAGCGAUGAUAAACAGCGUAUUCUACGAAGCAAACCUAAGUCUGCUUUCAUGACAGCGGCCAAAGACAUCACCGUCCAAAUAACAAAGCUACGGGACUUUCUUCUCGAGCACAGAGAGAGGUAUCUGAGUUUCUUUAACAAUAUAACCGGCGACGAAAUGUCUGACACGGAGAGGGAUCAGAUCGACACCGGCGCGCAGCGGUACAUCAACACUUGCUCGCAUCUCUUGAAAGAGUUUCGCAACGACAACCGCAAGCUGGCAGUGUCCCCGCAGACGCGCGAGUACAUGGACGCUGUCGUAGACCUCGUAGACUCGUACUUGAAGGCCGUGUGUAAGAUACACAGCGAACUGAAGGCAUUGAGAGUAAAGCGGGCCCUGGACAUACGAAAAUUAUCGCGGCUCGAGACGCCACUAUCCAAACCUUGUCUUACCAAAUCUUACUCUAUAGAAAAUAUGACAAAAAAAUUCAAUGAGAUUGAAAAACCGGACGAAAUUGACACCUCCAAAUCAAAAAUAGAUCUAUCAGAAAAUGAAAUCGCAGUAAUGUCGGAUGAGGGAGAGUUGAGUGCCGAGGAGCUUCAAAUGUUUGAAUCAGAGAAUGUUCAGCUACUGAACGAGCUCAAUAGCAUGACAGAGGAGGUACGACAGAUAGAGAGCAAAGUCCUGCACAUUGCGGAACUGCAAGAAAUAUUUACUGAAAAGGUGUUACAGCAAGAGCAAGACAUAGACAGAAUAGCUAACACUGUUGUAGGAACAACAGAAACAAUGAAGGAUGCUAAUGAACAAAUUAAGCAAGCAAUACAGAGAAAUGCUGGUCUUAGAGUUUACAUUUUAUUUUUCUUGCUAGUUAUGUCGUUCUCUUUAUUAUUUUUGGAUUGGUAUAAUGAAUAAAUCGAAAAUAAUAUAUUUUUA